AUGAUAAUAGGAAAGUUUCUACAAAGCAAAAAGCUUUAGAAUUUUUACAUUUAUAAUUUUCCUAGUUUAAUUUAUGAAUAUAACAGACCAUUUUUAUUAUCUCUACUAUGGAUGACCUUAGAAUAUAUUGAAUAUUUAAUGAUUAUGUUUGACUAAGAUUUAGUUAAUACUAUUUCGAAAAAGGAUCCAUAAUUUGAAUGGAUUAAAAGUACAACAAUUAUGUCGAGAAAUUCAUCUUAUGCUUUGAUAAUUACAUAUAUUUUCCUAGCCUUUAAUUCAUUGAUCUUGCUCUAUCUACUUAUUCUAUAUGCAAUUUACUGCAGAAAAGAAUUUAAAUUUUAUAAGUCUACAUUGUUUAGUAUAAUCAUUCAACUAUAUACGGCUGUUUUAGUAGUUCCUUCUUUCGCCUUUUCUGCAGCUAGCAAAUCUCCAGUAGGAGUAGUAAAUAUCAUUCUUACUUUCAUAAUAAGUUUUAUAAAUUGUUUGCAUCAUCAAAAAUUGAGUUUCACUAAUGUUGAUUCGUUGUCUCAAAGAGCUUCUAGUUUAGUAGGGAUGUUUAAAAUAUUUCUAAUUUUUAUAGGAAUUAUAAUGAGAAACUUUAUACAGAGUAACAAUAUAUUUCCUGUAUUUCCUUUGAUCUUAUCGAUUUUUGGCUUAGUUAAAUUCUGGUGGUCUUUUCCCUACAUAGAUUAAAGGAUAAAUAGAAUAUUUUUAUACUUGAAUAUAUUCAAUUUCCUUACUAGCAUAAUAAUUAUUAUUUAUAUUAAUACUAGCGUCAUAGUUUCUAUUUUCUUUCAAAUUUUUAUAAUUCCAAUACUCGCUUUUAAGCUCUCUCAAAGGUACUAUAACUAUAAGGUUGAAUUUAUUAAAAAUUUGUUCUACUUAGUACCAUUGACUCUUAAUUACGAAACAGAUGUACCUUAGUAUGCAAUAGAUUUUUUAAUUAGGGAUUUAGCUAAUAAAUCAAGAUUUAGUGAGCUGACUACAAGUUAGAUUCAUGAUCAUAAAAAUGAGUUAAUUUAAGACGAAUUAUUAACAAGACAUAUGAAAAAUUGUGUUAAAACUCCUUACUGUCAAUGCGAAGGGAUAAGAAGCGGAAUAGAUAAUGAUUUAAAAAUAGCGAUAUCUGAAAUAUUCGAAAAGAGAAGGGAAGUAAUUGAUUAGGAAAUAUUAUAAAUAUUUGAAAAUUAUUUAAAAACAAGAAAAAAUUUAAGCUAUGUGCAUAUAAGCUAUUUGUAUUUUUUACACGAUAGAGUUAAAAAUUAUUUGCUGAUAAACACUUAAAUUUAUGAAAUGAUCAAUCAGAAAAAAUAGAAUUUGCUUUCGUAUGACAUAGCUCAUUUGAAGUAUCUCCUUUACAAAAAUAUUAGUGCUCAAGAGCUAAAUAGCAAUCUAUAAAUAGACAAAGUAUUCAAAUAUGAAGAAAAAAUAAAAAUUUGCUAGUAUGAGCUUACUGAGUGUAUCUUGCAAAAGCUAGAUAUCUUAAAAUACAUAACAGAAGAUUUAAUAGAUAUUUAAGCGUUAGAGAAAAAGGUUACCAAAUUCCUCAAAGGCAGAAAAUUGGUGGAGCAAUCAUUAAUAGAGGUGUUAGAAGCAAACUAAUUUUGCUCUAUUCUUCAAAACAUGAUUACCAUAUUUUAACUUAAUAUCAGCUUUUAUGAAAGCAAGGAAAUAUUUUAGAAAAAAUAAAAAUAGUUCAAGAGCAUGAAAAAAUUAAAUGAAUCGCUUUUCAAAAAGAAUGCAGCUGUUAUAUUUGUUUCUCUUUUGAACUCUUCCUUUGGGUUAAUAAAUCAAGUUUCUAAAAAUUUUGAGCACAUUUUUGAAAUAACCCCUAAAAAUAUUAUUGGGUAUAAUUGUAAUUUAUUAAUGCCCUCUGGAGUCUCUUUACAGCAUAAUAAUAUACUUAAAAGGUAUAUUUCAAAAGGUACUAAUUAAUCGUUUAGCUCAUUUGAUCAAUAACCUAUUUUGGCUUAAAAUAAAUCAGGAUUUAUUUUUUAAAUAUCUAAGUAAUAUUAAAUUUAUACUUCAUUAAAGAAUGAGCUUGGGCUAAUUGGAUUAAUAACAAUGAUAGACAAUUACAAAAAACAGGAUUUUUUAAUUAUAAAUUUGAAAUAACUUCCAUUAAAAAUAGAAGCCUGCUCUUAAAAUAUACACCAAAGGAUAUUUCAAAAAUAUAUUGGACCUAAUAAAGAAUAUUAAAAUAUAUUGUUAAGCAGAAUAUUUCCAACUCUACCAUAUAUUGUUUAAAAUAGCUCAAAUAAAAAGAAAAAUUAGAAGCCUAUAAAACUAUUAUUAGAGAACGAAACAGAUGAGCCUAAAAUAUUAGAAACUUUUGGAUUUUUUCCUGAUAGAGAAUAACAAGAAUCUCUUUCUAAUUUUGCAAAAAAAUAACAAUUCUCAAAUGGAGGCAAUCUUCAUACAUUAAUGGAAUAAGGAGAAUUUAGCUUCAGUAAAAAUAAAAUUUUUUUAAUUCGAUUCAAACUUUGGUACAUCAAUGAUGAAUUUUUAGACUAAUGCACAAUUUAAAUUGAAAUGAUCAAGCAUUUGAUUCCUGAAACGAUUAUCAAUAGCUAUCAUGAAUAACUUUUGAUAGAAUAGCUUAAAAAAUAUUGCUCUCUUUCAUACUCUAUUAAUUAACUCAGACAAUAUUUAUAAGGUGAUCAAUUCUAGUCAAGUUAGAAAAUUGAUUUCGUUAAUCAACAAUAAAGUUACCCACAUCUAAGCCUUGAAUAAACUACUUUUGAUAUAUUUAGAUAAUCUAAGAAUAAAGAAUUAGUCAUUUUUAAUGAAUUAAAUCAAUCAGAAGGAAAAAAGAGCUAAUCGAGAAAUUCUAAACUCUUGAAAAUAUAAAAUGAGCUUUUACAUAAUAACGAUUCAGAAAAUGUAGAAAAUAGCGCAAACCAUGUGUUUAGUUUAUCUACAUUUCAUUCUCCGAGAUUCAUUAAAAAUGGAGAUUAGAAUGGAAAUUUACUUGUUUAGAAUACGCCAAGAACAACCGAUAGAGAAUUUUUGCUAUCAAACAAUGGCAAAAAUAAUCACGUAGAUAUGCCAGAAUUAUAGAUGUAACUGCAACCUUACGCUAAACAAAGUUUAAUGCAAGAUGUAGAAUCUGAACAUGAUAAAGAUUAGAAUUAAAAAGAUUAGUAUUAAUCAUCUGACAUGUAGACUAUGAAUUAAUACUCCACUCAAAGAAAGACAAUUAUGAAUAAUAACAUUUAAUCUGUUUCGACAUCAAUAAAUUCAUAGUUUAAAGGAUAAAAAUUGUAAAUUUACAAUACAUUUAAAUCAAUAAAACAACCAUUCUUUUUUUUGAUGGUAAAGUAUCUCUCAAUGAUUUGUCUUGCCACUUUAUUAAUAUUAAUUUUGGUAGUGUUUGUUGAUCUUAAAAAAUAGUUUGAUCUUAACACAAAAAAUUUCUAUUACAUAUCAUGGGGAAAUAACCUGAGAGUGCAAACAAGCAAAAUUUUUAAGAGUUAUUUAACAGCAAGACUACUUGAUAAUGACAUAUAUGGUUAUACUAAUGAUCCUAAUAAGUAAUUAUACUAACAUGAAUAACUUACGAAUGGAACGUAGGCAUUCAAAUCUCUUUAAUCAUAUCUCUCUGAAAUUAUAAAUGAAAAAACCAUAAACUUAAGUUUUAUGGAUAUCAUAACUGAACAUAAAACAAAUAUUUUAUUUUCUUACUCAACUACGAAAUCAGUUAAUAUUACAGCUUACGGAAUAUAUAUCCUCUAUAUAAAUUCUCAAUACUUAUAUCAAUAUGGAAGUAUGAAAUAAUAUUCUCCUCUAAUCGAAUAUAAUGCUUAUAGCAACUUUUUAAAUAUAGCUAAUUUGCUCUCUGUUAUUUAAAAUUCUUAACAAUAAUCAGUCACAGAUACUUUUAAUCAGAUAAAACUUGAAAUUUUGCUUAUGUUGAUAUGUAUAGUAUCGAUUUGUGCAGUUUUUGUGCUAUUUGUAUUUCCUGCUUAUACUUUUAGCCAAAGUUACAAAUAAAAAAUUUACAGUCUUUUUUCAACAAUUGAUAUCAUAUGGAUAAGAGAAAUGCAUAGAAAUUUAUUAUUUUGCCUUUCAAAUAUAUCUGAUAAAAAUUCAGUGUAAAUUUAAACUAUCAGAAGGUAUUAAAGCAGCGAGCUUUUGAAUAAAAAAAAGUCGAUUUCUUCAACUACUACGUUAAGCAAAUUUUCUAUUAAAAUUGUUUUUUUCUCAUUAAUAUUAUAUGUCAUUUUGAUCAUUUACCCUAUUGUUAAUCUGAUUAUUACAAAUAAUUUAAUCGAUCAGUAAAAUAAUAAUCAAAAUCUUCAAGGGGCUAUUCAAAAUACAAAAGCAGCUUUCAUGAGUACCUUGUCUAUUUAUGAACUUUAUGCUAAUUCAUUGUUAAAUCCAGGUGAAGAAAAUUUAUAAAAGUCUUAUUAAGAAAGAUAUACCAUAAUUCUGAAAUAAGCUAUGUAAGCUUUUGAUGGAUUAUUGCAGGUAGUACAAAAGCAGGUAUCUUAAAAUAGAUACCAAUAAAAUGAAUAUGACUAAUUUUUAUUUCCUAUUUUGAAAUCAAAUGCAUGUGAUCCAAUAUCUAACUAUCCUUAAUAUGUUAUUAGUGGUUAAACUAAUUUUGAUUAGCAUAUUUGCAAUACGCUAAUUGAUGGGUAGUUAUCCAAAGGUUUAACAACUGCUUUGCUUUAUUAUUAUAAUAUCUUAAACAAUAUUUUUCUUCUUCAUCAAAUCUAAGAUCCUGUAUCAAGAAACUAAUAAAUAAAAUAAUAUUUAUAAAAAUAUAGACUACUAGAGUUGAAUACUUCUAUUGACUAUAUUGAAAAUAUUUUAAAUAUAAUCAAUGAUUUUGUGUAUACCAAUAGUAAAGACUUCUUUAAUUAUAUGACUGACAUACAAACAAUUCUACUGUUGUAUUAAUUUGGAGUUCUAAUCACUGUCAAUUAACUUGCCCUAAUUUUAUUUUUUAACUCAAUACAAAAUACUAUGAAUGAUUCUAAAAACGCACUUACUAUAUUAGAAAUUAGAUACAUAAUAGAAAGCCCUUAUAUUAUGAGUUUCAUAAACUAGAAGUAAUGA